AUGGUGACCUCGGUCGAAGCGGUUUCUUUCCCUAUCGCUGGACGGUCUCGAUCGUCCCUUUCGAGUUUGCUAGGCAAACGAUCUGUCGACAUUGGGGCCUUCGGAAAUGGGAGCACGAAAGUAUACAACCAUGGCGACAUGAGCUAUUAUACCAACAUCACACUUGGUGGCACGGAGUUCUCGGUCGAGAUUGACACCGGAAGCUCCGACUUAUGGGUUUCUGGAGACGUACCUAAUACGAAAAACCUCAGCAUUGAGGCCGAAGUAGAUUAUGUAGAUUCAUCAGCAAAAGGGUUUAUCAACACAGCCGAUAUGGUAUUUGGCGAUUUCACAAUCAAAGACCAAGCCUAUAUUAACGCCAUUCCUCCCCCCGAUACGCCUGAAAACGGCGGCUUAAUCGGGCUGGGGCCGGCCGUCUCCUCCGAAAUCCUUGCAAAAAUCAACGGCACUGCUGGUGCACCUCCACUUGACCGGAUCUUCCUCCAGAAUGCUUCGACACCAAAUUUCCUUUCCGUCCUUCUCAGUCGCCAGACAGAUGGGAAGUCCGGGAGCACAGCAUCACAGACAGGUCAACUGACCAUCGGAUCCGUCAUUCCAAAGCUUGAGGAUAUUACGAAACAGAAGAAGCUAUCGGCUCUCCGUGACGAGUUUGGUAUCCAGCAUUGGCAAACAUUACUUGACGAGGAUGGGAUAAUAGGACCUGAUGGCGAGAACUUGUUAACGAAGACAUCCAUUCCUGACCCGAAGCAGGGCACCACCAACCAGUUGCACGUCAUGUUCGACACAGGCUACAGUUUCCCGCCGGUCUCUAGGGAGAUUUCAGAUGCUAUCUACGGACGUGUGCCGGGUGCGGUGUUUGUUACUCAGGACGGUUCUGAAUCUCCGGGUUACUGGCGAGUGCCUUGCGACUAUGAGCUGAACGUCACUUUCUCCUUUGGUGGAGUCAAGUAUCCGAUUGCACCCUUGGAUUUAACUAUGCCUGAGCAAGGCGACUCUUCUGAAAAACUCACGACCUGCAUGUCAACUUUCCAACAAAUUCCGCCAUCUGUCGCAGAUCAUACACGGUUUGGAGGGAUCGACGCGAUACUCGGCAUGGCGUUUUUGCGAAACGCUUAUUUAUUGAUCAACUUUGGAGACUUCGUUGACGGUUCAAACACCUCCGUCGCAGAUCCAUAUAUUCAACUUCUUUCUGUGACUGGCCCAGCGGCGGCACACAAGGAUUUUGUCAAUGCGCGUCUAGGUGGAUUAGAUAAGACUGGCUCGCAACCAGCUCUGCUUCCCGAAAGCGAAGCGAAACAUUCUCCCCAGACGAAAGCGGAUGCUAACACCAGCUCGUUAAGCAGGUCACACCGUAAAGUCAACAACAGAAUUAAAGGCCCUUAUUACAAGUCUUGUCAUUUCAUCACCGUCUCUGUAGUUGGUGUGCUGCUGCUGGCUGCAGUUGUCUUCUUCAUUUUCUCACGUUUUCGUGCGCGGAGGAAGAGGGCAUGCAUGGUCCAGGAGUUUAAGCCCGCAAUGGCUGGAGUAAACGUAUACGCUCCGAUGACUGAUCCUGUGUCGCGCCCGCAAAGUGUCUAUUAUGCCUAA